UCUCUAGUCCCCGCCUCAGCGGGCAAAGGCCAGUGUCAUGGAGGCUGAGAGCGGCCGGGAGGGUGGUCUGGGGCGCGCCGUGUGCGUGCUCACCGGGGCCUCCCGCGGCUUCGGCCGGGCGCUGGCCCCGCUCCUGGCCCCUCUGCUGUCGCCCGGCUCCGUGAUGGUCAUAAGCGCCCGCAACGACGAAGCCCUGCGGCAGCUGGAGGCCGAACUGGGCGCAGGGCGGCCUGGUCUGCGCGUGGUGCGGGUAUCCGCCGACCUGGGCUCCGAGGCCGGCUUGCAGCAGCUGCUCGGCGCCCUACGCGCGCUCCCCAGGCCCGAGGGGCUGCGGCGACUGCUGCUCAUCAACAACGCGGGCACUCUCGGGGAUGUGUCCAAAGGCUUCGUGAAUCUGGCUGACCCAGCUGAAGUGAACAACUAUUGGGCCCUGAACUUGACCUCCGUGCUCUGCCUGACUUCAAGCGUCCUAAAAGCCUUUCCUGACAGUCCUGGCCUCAGCAGGAUAGUGGUUAACAUCUCGUCCAUCUGUGCCCUGCAGCCCUUCAAGGGCUGGGCACUGUACUGUGCAGGGAAGGCAGCCCGAAACAUGAUGUUCCAGGUCCUAGCCACAGAGGAACCUAAUGUGAGGGUGCUGAGCUAUGCCCCAGGUCCGCUGGACACAGACAUGCAGCAGUUGGCCCGGGAGACCUCUGUGGACCCAGACUUGCGAAAAAGGCUGCAGGCACUGAAGACGAAGGGGGGGCUGGUGGAUUGCAGGACGUCUGCCCAGAAACUGCUGAGCUUGCUGCUAAAGGACACAUUUGAGUCCGGAGCCCACAUUGACUUCUACGACAAAUAAACCCAUGCCCUUGGCUUCCUGGGCCUUCCUGCCUCCACUUUCAGGCACACCCCAGGAGUUCUGUGGCUCCUCACUCCUGCUGCAGUGGCACCACCAAUCCUGCCUUACCCAGCUAGCACUUGUGCCCACUGUCCUGCCCUCAGAUGCAGCCAGCUGUGAGGGCCCCGGGCCUGCUGGGGUGACCGGUUCUCAGGAGCCUGUAUUGUAAACCCUGGUACAGGAGGAGGCUUCAGUAGGAGACUUGGGAGAAAGAAGUUAUGGGUGUUGGCCUCCUCUAGCCCCAGGAAUAGUUUUAGGGAUGGGAAGGGCAGGAAAGAAGCUGACACACUGAAGUGAGGAGGGUGGGUCUCUUGCCCGUGGCCAGUCCGUGGGGAGGGGAAGGGGCAGUUCAGUGACAGGAGAGUCCCUGUCGAUUCGCAGGCGGCCUGGAGGGAGGGAGGACAGCACAAGUUCCCACCCACGAGGGUGCCCCUUGCUCAGGGUAGCAGGAUCCUCUGUUGAACUUCCUGUCCCUGUCCUGAUGCCUCCUCCCUCCAGAACCCACCAGCCUUCCCCCAGGGUCUCUGUACAUUCCAAAAGCAGAUACAAAUAAAAUGUGGGCUGGCCUUUGUUA